GUGUGGGUGGGGGGCCGACGAUGGCGUUGAACAAUCUGGCGAUGACGAACAUUGGUGGGAUCCCACAGCCGCUCGGGGUUGCGUCGGACACGCCAAAGCUGACGACGCAGACGUGGGAGUCGACACUGGAACGCUCGAUUCGGUCCAUUGUGUCAAUUACGGCUAAUCACGUCCGAAGCUUCGACACGGAGACUUCUGGUGCUUAUUCUGCAACGGGGUUCCUCGUCGACGCGAAGCGCGGCAUCAUCCUCACGAACCGACAUGUCGUCUCGCCCGCACCCAUCCUCGCACUCGCAAUCCUCUCCAACUACGAGGAGGUCGAACUCAAGCCCAUUUACCGCGAUCCCGUCCACGACUUUGGGUUCAUGCAGUUCGAUACCUCCAAGGUCAGGUUCAUGCGCCUCGAGGAGAUCCCCCUGAGCCCCGAAAGGGCCCGUGUCGGACUCGAGAUCCGUGUGGUCGGAAACGACGCUGGUGAGAAACUCUCUAUCCUGGCAGGAACACUCGCUCGAUUGGAUCGACAGGCUCCGGAGUAUGGGCAGGGCGAGUACAACGACUUCAAUACGUUCUACCUCCAGGCCGCAUCCUCUACCAGCGGUGGGUCCUCAGGAAGCCCUGUUCUCGAUAUCGAGGGACAUGCGGUCGCGCUGAAUGCUGGAGGUGCUAGCAAGGCAUCUUCAUCGUACUACCUGCCAUUGGAUCGCGUCAAGCGGGCUCUCAAGUUCAUUCAGGCAGGAGAGCAGGUACCACGUGGUACACUGCAGACGGAUUUCGAAUAUUUCCCCUACGAUGAGCUGCGCCGUCUGGGCUUGAAAAUCUCGAUGGAGAAGCAGAUCCGCCAGCAUUUCCCGAACGAGACUGGAAUGUUGAUCAUCAAGUCCGUGUUGCCGAAGGGUCCGGCCGCGGACCAGCUCAUUCCCGGAGACAUUGUGAUCCAAUGCAACGGUGAGCUCAUCGCAAAUUUUAUCCAGCUGUUCAUGGUCAUUGAUGAUUCUGUGGGCGAGAAGAUCGCAUUGACGGUCAUCCGAGGAUCGAACUCGAAGCUGUUGACGUUCACGUUGACUGUUCAGGACCUACAUUCGAUCACGCCGGACCGAUUUGUGGAGGUCGGAGGAGGUGUGGUCAACGAGCUGUCGUACCAGCUCGCGCAUUCGUAUGGCCAGCCAUGCGGAGGUGUCUAUGUUGCGACCUCGGGCCAUAUGCUGGCAUCCGCAAGUGCCUGGCGCAAGAGCAUCAUUGUUGCGGUCAACAACAUUCCGACCCCGAACCUGGACGCCUUCAUCCAUGCGAUCUCGACCUUGCCUGAUGGCGCGCGUGUUCCGAUUCGGUUCUAUACGCUUCAGAAGGCAUUCAAAGAGAAGAUCAUGAUUAUGCAUGUCGACCGUCACUGGCACAGGUGCCGCGUCGGCGUUCGCAAUGACAAAACGGGUAUUUGGGACUUUACGGAUUUGCCGCCGCCACCGCCAUCCCAGCCGUAUGCACCAGCAACAGCGAUCUAUCCGAGGAUCAACCCAUCACUUCACCCGGCACCGGUGCUGAUGCCAUCGUUUGUCGCGGUUGACUUCCAUCUGCCCUUCCUGGUCGAUGGUAUGAAGGCGACUCAGUUCUACGGCACCGGACUCGUAGUAUCGACGAACCCGCCGUUGGUGGUCUGCGAUCGCGACACGAUCCCAAUCUCGAUUGGAGACAUCUUCAUCACAUUCGCGAACAGUGUGAUCAUCCCCGGUCGACUGGUGUAUCUGCAUCCGCACUACAAUUUCGUGGUCCUGACGUACGAUUCAGAGCUGUUGGCGGAUACACCGGUGAAGCCUGCGACGUUCAGUGAUAAGCCAUUGAUGCAGGGGGAUGAAUGCUAUCUGGUGGGCGUGGGCACGGAUCAGUCGCCAGUGAUCAAGAAGACGACGGUGUCGAAUGUCGGGAACAUUGGCACGCGUGAGUGUUCUCCUCCUCGGUGGAGAGCCAUGAACGUGGAGGGGAUCAAGAUCGAUGAUCCCGUGGGAACACAGGGAGGAGUACUCUGUGAUAACGAGGGGAAGGUGCAGGCGCUGUGGGUGAAUUACUCGUCGCAGGACGAGAAAGGAAACGAUAUUACUUUCAUGUCUGGACUGGAUGUGGCGGGCGUGAAGACGGUGAUUGAGCCGUUCAUGCGGGGCGAGUACCCAAAGUUGAGGGCAUUGGAUGUCGAGUUCUGGACGAUGCGGAUUGCGGCGGCGAGGUCGUUGGGGUUGACGGACCGAUGGGUUCAGAGAAUCGAGAGUGAUCCGAACUCGAAGCACCAGCUGUUGUACGUGCUGAGUCUGUUGGAUACGACGAACCCUUGCAGCCAGAUGUUGAAGGUCGGAGAUAUCGUGCUGGAGCUCGAGGGCAAGGUGGCGACGAGUAUGAAGGACCUGGAUCGGGCUCGGGAAGUGGAAUUUGUUCAGAUGACGGUCUUGCGUGAAGGCAAGGAGCUCCAGCUGAAGGUACCGACGGUUCCAUUGCUGGGAACAGACACGAACCGGAUCAUCCAAUGGGCCGGCGCGCUGAUCCAGAUGCCCUAUAAGGCUGUACUCGAACAAGUGUCGAACGUCCCGACGGGUGUGUACGUCUCCUGCACACUCUAUGGUUCUCCUGCAUCGACGGCGUUGCGACCGGGGGUGUGGAUUACAGAGGUCGAUGGAAUUCCUGUGGCGAAUCUGGACGAGUUUUUGGAUGCGGUGCAUCGUCAUGAGAACAAGGUGGUGAGGUCUCGACAAGGAAGUGUUUGUGAGGUCGGGUUGAAGCGCUUGUCGUGGGGACAGAAUCCGCUUCUAGGGAAUACUAGGAGGUUGUCCGCGAUGGUCUCGCAUAUGUUGGCCCAUCCCGAGGGCCUGGCUUUGCAGGCUUUGGAGGGUUUGCAUCCGUGUGAUGAUAGUGCCACGCCAGCGCCUGCAUCAGUACCUACACCUGCACCUGCACCUGCACUUGCACUUCCAUCUGCACCUACACUUGCACCUGGGCCCGGACUCGGAAUCGCAACGAUGCAAUUAAGUCCGACGGACUUUAGAGCACCGACAGGUGCGUUCUCGGAGGGCUAUGAGGUGACGGAGGAACCGGUGUCGCCAAUCAACGCGGAUGAUGCGGCUCAGUCGCAAGGAUAUGUACGGAUCAAGAUCCAGGCGAGGAAUGGCACGGUAUCGGUAAUUGCAAUGAAACUCGAUCCGAUCUAUUGGAGUACCACACAGCUGUUGCCGGAUCCUGAGAGCGUUAGCGGGUGGAAGAUGGUCGAUGUUCUGUGAGAGGGGACAAGGCGGGAAUACUCUUGUUAUGUAUUUUUUAUAUUUAGUUAUUUUGUCAGGUUGUGGAUUAUUAUUAUUUAAAUAAAGACGGGGUA